UGUUAUGUAACAAUUACAUUGUUGAGUGGGAAAUUAUAACUAACAUGUAUAUUACUGUUACUUUGUGUUUGCUGGGUUGAAAUGAUAAGUUUUGCUCGGUUUCUACCGUCAGUCUGUCAUUAUAUAUUCUGCUAUAAAAAUCUGUUGCAUUUCUGUUAGCUAGCUCCUGACAGCCUCUAUAGCAGAUACUACGUAAAAAUCUACUCUUUUCAGAUUUGGCUAUCUAGGAAUAAAUAAAAAAAAUCCAUAUACACUUUCCAAGCAAAUCAACAUCGCAUACGUACGCGCAGGCGUGUGUGUAUAUAUUAGUGUAUGUACAAUGCGACUGAGAGUAUACGUAUUGUACGUACGCCUGGCAAGUGCGCGCGCACGACAUCAGGAUGCCAUAAAUAUAAUCAGCGCGCAUGUAGAGUGAAGAAAUGGAAGUGGAUAGUCCUGAAUUAACUGCGAUAGAGUGAACAGAGAAAGCGCUCGAUCGUAGAAAUAUUUGAAAAAAAGAUUUAACAUGUAAAAAGAAAAAAAAAGAAAAAAUUCUCAUAAUUAAUGAAUAUGAGAUAUUAAGAUAUCAUAUUAAUAUUAGCAUAUUAAUAUUUCGUCGAGAACAUUGACACAAAUGAAAGUUUUAUUCUCAGGAAGUGCUCGCGCGUUAAAAUUUCGCUGGUCGACAUGCUGCUCCGAUUCUCGUGAUAGACGAUGCGUGGAACGCGUCAAGUCGUUUUUAUUAUUCUUUAAAUUGUGCGGGAUGUUCGCCAAUGAAAUUAACAAAGACCGUUUGAAACGUUGCUCCCGACUUUUCUAUGGUAUUUGCAUCUUCUGGAUAAGUGUCUACUUUCUGUACGUGUGCUUCCUGUUUUAUAAUUAUCUGACAGUAGAUUCUAUCACGACAAGGUUGACGGUGGACUUCUUGAAACACUUGAUAGGAUAUAUAAGUCUUAGCGUUAACGUCAUAGCCGCUUACACUUCGCAGAAUCAUUUUGGCAAGUUCUUCGACCGGCUGGACAGCUAUGAUUACGAGGUCGCACGAAUGAAUGAGCAAAGGAGAGACAAUUUAUGGAUACCUUGGAGCGCUGCGUUCUUCAUGACGAUUAUCGUUCUGCUGCUUCUCAACGUGAUGGUGAGCGAAACGUCAGUAGGCAUUCUCUUCUACGUCGUACUCUCAGACAUUUCUACAAUGAUCAUGCACAUAUAUGGCACCCUGGAAAAGUUUCUUAUAUUGUAUUUGAUGCUGGAACGCUUCAAACAUAUUAAUAACAAGAUCGCGUCAAACGUGACGUGGGACGAGAAGGAACGCGGAUCGCGAACCAUUACCGUCCCACGUUUGAAAAUGCUGUACUCGAUGCUUUACGACGCUCAGCAGGCUUUCAAUGAUAUCUACAAGAAUUCUCUAUUGAUAUGGUUCGCAUCCCUCAUGAUACACGUUCUCGCAAACAUACGCGUCUUCCGGGAGGAAAGGCCGUUGAUAGGUUGCGCAUUCGUUGGUCCCUCGAUUAUGCAAUUGCUAAUUCUGUGCGCGAUUUGUCACUACACAGCGGGAGAGGCAAACAGAAUUCCAUGUGUCUUGAGCGAGUACAUGAGUUCCCUCGCUAAUUCAGGAGAGACGAUGACUAAAAUUGAUAUCUUAACUUAUUUCCUGCAUAAUCGUGUGUCUUUCGAAGCGGCUGGAUUUUUUACAAUUAAUUUACCUUUGUUUCAUUCGAUUAUUGCGGCAAUAACCACUUAUUUUAUGAUAUUAAUAUAAUAUUAUUUCAUUAAAAUACUUGUUUUGCACACAAGUUUUCUUACACGUGUAAGAUUGUUUUGAUAAGUAAAAUUGGUAAAUAUACCGAUUAGGGGAGCCAACCCCGAUGACCUUGACCUUGACAUAUGUUGUCAAGGUCACCCUCCUGAGUGACCUUCAAGAGGUUUUAGCCGUCACUCGUUGUUCGUUAAAAAGUUAUUAACAAAAGAAGUUCAGUAGUUUUGUAUGGAUUUCCGACUUUUCACACGAAGUAAGGACUUGAAUUUGAUAUAUAUUACAAAGGUCACUCCCGAGAAUAGUUAAAGUUAUAGAAUAGUUAAAGAAACUAUUCUAUAUAUUAACGAUUCACUGCUUUAAAUGAUUUUUCCUCUUGAAGGUCACUCAGAAGGGUGACCUUGACAACAUAUGUCAAGGUCAAGGUCAUCGGGGCUGGCUCCCCUAAUCGGUAUAUUUACCGAAAAAUUAUUUGACAAAUCUGUAACUCAGUUACCGAUUAAUUGUUCACGCACAUUCCAUAUAAGCGUACGUUCGUGCGACGAAUUACAGCUCUCUAUCGACUUUUCGACGUUGAUGUGACGAUUGCGUGAACUGAUAUGGAACAGAAUCGUGAUACGUAGCUACGUAACUUUAGCUACGUAAAUGUUGCUGGCUUUUUUAUUAAUUGACAUGUCGUAAAUGGAUUUAUAAUGUCACGAUUCGACGAUCAUCAUUAGCGUGAUUAUAUCAAUGCUCUCUGACAAUACUGAUCUCCAUCUACUGUCGCGUUGAUUGCAUCGAGAGAGUCCGUUGUACGUUAGUCAUACGUUGUAUCUGCGUUACAGAAAUACAAUCUAACGUAACAUAAAA